GCCAGUAACUCCAACCGCAGCACCCCUGCCUGCUCCCCGAUCCUGCGCAAACGCUCCCGCUCCCCGACGCCGCAGGACUCCCAGGGAGACGCCAUGGUGGAAAAAGGCUCAGACCACUCCUCAGACAAAUCCCCUUCCACGCCGGAGCAGGGUGUACAGCGUAGCUGUUCCUCUCAGUCAGGCCGCAGUGGGGCCAAGAACUCCAAGAAAAGCCAGAGUUGGUAUAAUGUGUUGAGUCCAACAUACAAACAACGGAAUGAAGAUUUCAGGAAACUCUUCAAACAGCUUCCUGACACGGAGCGCCUCAUUGUAGAUUACUCCUGUGCUCUACAAAGAGACAUUCUCCUGCAGGGCCGCCUCUACCUCUCUGAAAACUGGAUCUGCUUCUACAGCAACAUCUUCCGCUGGGAGACGCUGCUGACGGUUCGCUUGAAGGAUAUCUGCUCGAUGACCAAGGAGAAAACAGCACGGCUCAUUCCUAAUGCCAUCCAAGUUUGCACUGACACUGAAAAGCACUUUUUUACUUCCUUUGGGGCUCGAGACAGGACGUACAUGAUGAUGUUCAGACUCUGGCAGAAUGCUCUCCUUGACAAGCCUCUCUGUCCAAAGGAGCUCUGGCACUUUGUCCACCAGUGUUAUGGGAAUGAGCUGGGUCUGACGAGCGACGACGAAGACUACGUGCCUCCUGAUGAUGACUUCAACACAAUGGGCUACUGUGAAGAAAUCCCCGUGGAAGAGAAUGAAGUCAAUGACAGCUCCUCCAAAAGCAGCAUGGAGGCCAAGCCAGAAGCUAGCCCUCAGCUGCCGAAGAAGUCUGUCACUGCCAGCACACUGACAUCUACGGGAAGCAGCGAAGCCCCGGCCUCCUUUGAUGGAGUGCUACCAGAAGAGGAGGAGGCAGUGGCAGAGAGUCCCGUGGAAAAAGACCUUGGCAUUGCAAAUAUCAUGGGGGAGAAGAUAGAGAUCAUCGGCCCUGUGAACUCCCCCUCCCUAGACUUCAAUGACAAUGAAGACAUUCCCACUGAGCUCAGUGACUCGUCAGAGACCCAUGAUGAAGGGGAAGUCCAGGCCUUCUACGAGGAUCUGAACGGGCGGCAGUACGUGAAUGAGGUGUUCAACUUCAGCGUGGACAAGCUGUACGACCUGCUCUUCACAGACUCCCAGUUCCAGAGGGACUUCAUGGAGCAGCGCCGCUUCUCUGAUAUUAUCUUUAAUCCCUGGAAGAAGGAAGAAAAUGGCAAUCAGACCAGAGUGAUCUUGUAUACCAUAACCCUCACCAACCCUCUGGCCCCCAAAACUGCCACAGUCACUGAGACACAGACAAUGUACAAAGCCAGCCAAGAAAGCGAGUGCUAUGUCAUAGAUGCAGAGGUGCUAACUCACGACGUCCCCUACCAUGAUUAUUUCUACACCAUUAACCGCUACACGUUGACUCGUGUUGCCAGAAACAAAAGCCGACUCAGGGUUUCCACGGAGUUACGUUACAGGAAACAGCCUUGGGGGCUGGUGAAAUCCUUCAUUGAGAAGAAUUUUUGGAGCGGCCUAGAAGAUUAUUUCCGUCAUCUGGAGAGUGAACUGACCAAAACAGAGAGCACGUACCUGGCCGAGGUCCACAGACAAUCCCCCAAAGAGAAAGUGAGCAAGCAAUCGACCGUGCGCCGGAGGAAACGGGCCCACGGGCACCUGCGGGUGCCUCACCUGGAGGAGGUGCUGAGCCCUGUCACCACCCCCACGGACGAGGAGGUCGCACACCGAAUCAAGCACGUGGCAGGUUCCACUCAGACACGGCACAUCCCCGAGGAGAGCCCCAGCGGCUUCCACCUGCAGAGUGUCUCCAAGCUGCUCCUUGUCAUCAGUUUUGUUCUGGUGCUGCUGGUCAUUCUCAAUAUGAUGCUGUUCUACAAACUCUGGAUGUUGGAAUAUACUACGCAGACGCUCACGGCGUGGCAGGGCUUGCGGCUGCAGGAAAG